CUCACUCCAUCUCCAACCCGACCUCCAAUAUUUGAAGAAGGAGAAGUAGUAGGAAUUUUAAGAGUACCUCUGAUAGACAUAGCAAUAGAAGGGACAGUACCAGUAGCAGCAACAAUUGAAGGUUCAACAUGUUCUAAUAACCAACGUAUAGUUUCACCAUCAGAUUUAUGGCAUAAUUCUCUUGUUUAG